AUGUCCUCGCCGGAGCGUGCAGCCCUCUCCCUUUUGACCGACAUCGCUCUCUCCUUCGACGGAGCCAUCCUCGGAUUAACCCUAGCUUACGGCGCCGUCCGUUCUGUCCUCAACUACGCUUCUAACUCCGCCGCGUUGAACAAAAUCAAAGACGCCCCCGAAGUCUCCAUUUCCGACCUCCGAUCACUGAUUCCGGCAUCUGAAGACCAAUCCGGGACUCGCGAUCACGUCGGGAACAGCCAUGAUCAGCGAAUCGUUGUGGUUCGCGGGACCGUCAAACCUAAACCUUCCGGUGAUUGGAGUCACAAGAACAACAACGUGCUCAUCUCUCCCGAGACUGGAGAUAAAGCUCUUAUCAUUCAGAGAACUCAAACUUAUAUGUAUAGUGGAUGGAAGACUUUAUUCCAGUGGACACAUACUCACAGGCUUCUUUUGGAAAGAUCAAUGCCGAAACAAGGAGCUGAUUUGAUGAGAAUGGUUCCAUUUGUUAUUGUGGAGAAGAAUCAACAACCGGAGUCUGGUUUUCUGGUUGUUAACAUGGAUGGCUCAAGGCAACCUCUUCCGCUUACCACUGUGUAUAAUCGUUUGCAGCCUAUUAGUUCAUCUCCAAGUGCGUUUCUUCAAGCCUUGUUCUUCCCUGAGUAUCCUGUUGGUCUGCUUGAUGUAGAGAAGAUUUUACCACCUGGGAGAGAUUUAACAGCUGUUGGCGUCUGUAGUUUUAACGAUGGAGUUCCUGAAAUCAAGUCAUGCCAAGAUCUUCCCUACUUCUUAUCGGAGAUGACAAAGGAGAAGAUGAUAGUGGACCUUACGGACAGCAACAGAGUAAUGUUCUGGAGCGGUGUUAUCAUGGGAUGUUUGUCUGUUGGCAUCCUUGGCUUUGCUGCUCUCAGGACCUGGAAGAAAUGGAGACAAAGGAACCAUGAAAGAGGAUAUGUACUGAGACCAAGCCAGCCAGAACCAUUAGUCAAUGAUGAGACGGAAGAAGAUGCUGAUGAGAUUGCAGAUGGAGAUUUGUGUGUGAUCUGCGUGACGAGGAGGAGAGUUCCUGCGUUUAUACCCUGUGGACAUGUUGUGUGUUGCAGGCAGUGCGCUCUAACCGUGGAACGAGAGCUAAACCCGAAAUGUCCGGUUUGUCUCCAGAGCAUUAGAGGAUCUAUGCGUGUAUAUUACUCUUGA